AUGCCUCAUAUUAUCUGCUAUGAUAGCGAGUAUCAAACCCAGUGGGUUGGUUGUGCUUCUUUGGAAGAGAACAGGGGUAGGUGAGAAUCAGUAUUAAGAGUUGGUAGGGACCUCAAAGUCCACCCUACUGCAGACAGCUUUACACCACUUUUAAUAGUUAUUGCGUCCCCUAAUCCUGGGAACUAUAUUUUUCCUCUUCCAGAGCUACAAUUUCCAGCAGCUCUUACAACCUAUAGUUCCCAGGAUUCUUUGUGGCGGAAGGCGUAUGAUUUCAGUGCACCGUAUGUGCCAAAGUAACCCAAAGACUUGGGCUACAAUCCUAACACGACCUUGUCUGGCAGUAAGCUCUGCUGAAUUCAGUGGGACUUCCUUGUGAGAGCUGCCGCUAUAGUUACUAGCCGUAACUAGCCAGCCGUAACUUAGGGAUCCUAGAUCACAAGGAUCCUAGAAUCGAAGAGUCGGAAGGGACCCCAAAGGGUCAUCUAGCCCAACCCCCUUGCAAGACAGGGAUCCUGCCAACUAUAGCUGUCUCUGGAUGGGCUCGAUCUUGGCCACUCCCUUCUGUAGUGUAUCAGAUACCGACUCUUCCACCUCUCCGCCUUUGGGACUGAAUGCCCACCGUCUUUGCCCCACAUCCCCCUCUAAAAGUGCCCGCCCCACUCCUCAGCUCCGAGACAUUCCCCGCCUCUUUCCCAAACGGAGCUAAAUCGCUUUCGGUUUCCAUUUCGCCGGAAUCGAAAGCGACUGGCAUCUUUAAAGCGCAGCAGCCGCUGCUUCCCUCACCCUCCGCCUUGAGGCGAGGUAGGGCGGCGGACCUAUUUUGCUCUUUAGUCAUCGUCGGCCGGGAAGCUGCGCGGGGAUCUUCGCACCUGCAUCUUCCAAGAGACGCGGUGAGUAAUAACAGACGGCAGGUGAUGGGGACCGAUUCAACAGGACUCCUGGGCUCCUUGGGAGGAGUAACGGGGUUUAAACAGGCUUAGAAGAAGUACGAGCGUCUCUGGAAACACAGCGAAAUGCUCUGAUCCUAAACAUAUUUGCUUAGUUAAUACAGACACUUCUAGCUCACCUUUCCUCCAAAGAGCGCAAGGUGCCUCGUUCGCAUUUUAUCCUCCCAGCAGCCCUGGGAAGCAGGCGAGGCUGAGAGAUUGGCGUCUGCGAGCCAUCGCUUUUGAGGUUUUCCUCACCUAGCAAAUUCCCCGCAGAAGCAAAAAGCUAAUACUUCAGGCGGGGGAGAAAAAUAUAUAGCUCGGCCUUGUUCCUAUCGCUCUAAUUUCUACUUGCAGGGAACUUGCCUUUUCUUUUUAUAAAACUUGGGAGGGAAAGUUAAAACGUCGACUUGCCUUGACGUUUAGCCUUGUCGACUAAAAUGGUGCAGUGCUGGGCUCUUAGACCUCAUUCUCCUAGUGUAGACUUGGCUUAGAGUGUGACUAUGCAGUAGAAAUACAAAUAUGGCUGUAUUCUAAAUGGUACCGCGUGAAAUUAUCACCGUUUUGCAUUAUGGGGAACCUCCUGCGUCUAGUUGGCCUGGCUGGCAGGCAUUCAAAAGGCAAAACUUUCCCUACUGUCUGGAUGCAGUGAUAAUCAGGGAAGGCCUUGACACUUGAAUGAAUUUUGUUUCCCUGCUUAUAGCAAUUAAAAGAAAGGCUGAAGAAUGUGAGGUGGCAAGUGAGCAGCCCCACUGUUCUGGUACCCAAGCAAUUCCUAUAAAACUGUAGUUGGGAAUCUACAAAUGUAAACCCCUCCCCUUUGCUUUCGUGACACUCACCCCAGACACCAUCUGGGCUCUGCAUCCUCCUCCAUUGUUUUUGGCUGGCUUGGAAGGUGUCCUUGAACAUUUUUGAUAAUGCCUUUUGUUUGCAUAGAUAUAUAAGUUUGUGUCCAUCUAGAAACCUCUAGCGUUGAGUUUGCUGGGAUGUUUCCUUCUUGAUGAGGGUAAGAGGCACACCCAUUUCUCUGUCCACUUUUUGCUUCUUGCCAUGCCCACCACAGGCAUGUGAUGCCCAGAAUGUGGACUUUGGGCUGAAAAAAAGGUUUCAGUCAGAGCACAUCCUCUCUUAUCAACCCUUGGUAGGAAACACAAAAAUUUCUCCGGAAAUGAUGAUUCUGCAAUAGUUGUAACGGAUCAUGUGCUUCCAUUGUGUUCUGGCUCUGUAAAUGUGUUGUUUAUUGUGUGUUUGACUGUCUUGAUGGCUGAAAAGGAGUGAACCGAAUAACCUCAGUGGCCUGUGAUGACCAGGGGAUGUGUCACUUCCCCUUACGUGUUUGUGAUCCAUUCUUCCAAAGUGCUCCCCUUAAAAUUAGGGGCGCUGAACAAGUUUACAGUUGGGUCUGUAGUUUGAAAUGAUGCAGGGAUAUUUGAUAAAUUAUUAGUAGGGUCCACGCUACUAGGUUAUGCAAAAUGCAGCUGGACUAAGAAACAUGAGAAAAGACAGGAAUAUUAGGAGGUGAACAGUGGAAAGCCUUGGAAGGAAAGUUCCCAUACAAUAAUACUUCAGUAUAAUUUAGGGAAACAUCACUUUAAAAUAUGCAGAAGUGAUUUCUAACACCUUUUAGGUUGUAACAAUUAAAAAAAAAUUAAAAAGUUUUGUUAGAGGGGAUGUUGGUGAGUUGGAUCUUAUAUGUGGUGGGAUUGUAAGUAUGUUGCCAAAUUUUGGGGAAAGAUUUUUAAUGAAACCUCAGCAGUAAUUGUGGGGGGGGGGCAGGGAAGGGAUCCCCAAAGCACCUGAACUGGAUCUGUUAUUACAGGGGGAAAUCAGAAAAGCUUACAUAAACAAGUUCUUGGUGGGGCUCCAAGAAUCUCAGUGACGAGAUUUGGAGGGGGGGGACUUACAAGAGUUGAAACACAGCAAAAUAGUACAACACAGCAUGGGAAAUCAUGUUAAUUGACGUAUUGAUAAGGGUACGUUUGACCUAGGGUAAAAAAGAGAGACAUUUUUGGUGGCCUUUUAUUAUGUACACAAGAAAGGUGGUGUGAAACCUAUGCCACUGGUCUUUAGAAAUAUCUGGAUUAUGUAACUUUUAUUUGUUCAAAGGCAACAUACUCUCAGGAAAAGAACAGUGCAGGCUUGAUUCUUUGUAUACACUGUCUAGUUUAUUUGUAGGUUCAUUUUAUUUUGUAAUCUUUGGAAUGCUUUUGGUGUCAAAGGUUUUAAUUUAAUAAACAAUAACUAUAAUAAAUAGUAAAAAGGUUGUAUGCCUGCAUAAGAAAAUGAAUAAAAGAUGAACUGACACAGGACAAGAACUGGGAGUUGGCAAGAGUUCAAGGAACUUGAUAAGGUGCUGAGAGUUGUUAGGAGACCCCUGUUCCCUUCACAGAGCUACAGAUCUCAAGAGUGAUUUAACAAUAAAUCCCUCUUCCCAGAGAACUCUGGCAAUUGUCUUCCUGUGAGGGGAAUUAGAGGUUCCUAACAACCCUCAGCACCCUUAACCAACUAAAGUUUCCAGGAAUCUUUGGGGGAAGCCACGACUGUUAAAAUGGUAUAAUAGUGGCUUAAAUGUAUAUCUGGCAAAAUAGUGGUUUAAAUAAAUAUCAGCAACCUUUCCUGUCCACCUCAUGGAAUUGUUGCACAGUCUGUUGAAAACAAAAGCACAUUCCAGAUCACAGUCAAUCUUAAGUAAGCUUACUCUAAAGUGAGUUGGUCCCAAUGGCUUAAAAGGACUUAAUUUUAAAUUGUGUUGUGAGGGGUUAUUGGGUUUUGUUUUGAUUUUGAUUAUGUACUUUGUGUUUUUAUAUUGUGAUUUUAUCCUGUGAACUGCCCUGAGACCUGCAGGUACAGAGCGGCCUACAAAUUUUAUAAGUUACAGUAAUAAUAAUUUAGUAAACGUGUUUUAGAUCGGAAGCAGAUGACAGAGAAAGAUGCCACACUGCUUGUGGCAGGCUUGGACUGUUUGCUUUUGCCUUUGGUAACAGAAGUCACAUCCUUACCAUACAUUUAAAGCACCUGGUUUUCCCCAAAGAAUCCUGGGAACUGUAGUUUCUUCCUCACAUAAGCUACAGUUUCCAGCACACAUAACAAACUGCAGCCUGGCAGGGUUUUCUAUUGUUCCAAAAUCCCUUUGAUGAGAGAUGAGGGGGGGGGGAGUGUUUGUAACAUCAUGGUAAGUGAUUCCUCUUGUCUGUUUUGUUAAAAAAUGUCCAUUUACAGAAGGAACAAUAGUUUAUGAGCUCUUUUUUUGUUCAGUGGGGACCAAUGUGCAAAUUGUAUUGGUGAGAUUAUACACUCAAUUUUUUCCUCAUUCUGCAUUUUUCUCCUCACUUUUGCAGGUAUCAACAUGUCUCAGGGGCAGAAGAAGAGGUGAGAAAUGCAGUGCGUGUGUAUCCAUGGGAUUUCUCAUGGACAAAAAAAUGCUAGUGAGACUGUGCUGGAUGUGCUGAUCAUAGAACUGUAGAGUUGAAAGGGACCUAAAGGGUCAUCUAGUCCAACCCCCUGCCAUGCUGGGAUCUCAGCUAAGGCAUCCAUGACAGGUGGCCAUCCAACUCUGAUUAGAAACCUCCAAGGAAGGAGAGUCCACCAUCUCCCGAGGGAGACUGUUCCAAUGUCAAACAGCUCUUACCACCAGAGAGUUCUUUCUGAUGUUUAGUUAGAACCAAAACUAUCUGGGAUCUGAUAACACCUUGCUUAAACCUUGGUGACUCUUCCUCCAAGGAGCUCAGAGCUAGACCGAGUGUGUGAAGAACUGGCCCAAGGUCACCCAGUGAGCUCUGUGGCUCUGAGGGUUAGGCUGUGGGCAGGAGACUGUGGUGAGAGCUUGUCGUGAGAACCAAAAGUUAAAUGAGGCAGGAUGAAGAAGCAAGUUAGGAACAAAAGGCUACAGACCUCUGGGUAUAGGGUACAGUGGUACCUCGGGUUACAUAUGCUUCAGGUUACAUACACUUCAGGUUACAGAUUCCGCUAACCCAGAAAUAGUACCUCGGGUUAAGAACUUUGCUUCAGGAUGAGAACAGAAAUUGUGCUCUAGCAGCACAGCACCAGCAAGAGGCCCCAUUAGCUAAAGUGGUGCUUCAGGUUAAGAACAGUUUCAGGUUAAGAAUGGACCUCCGGAACGAAUUAAGUACUUAACCCGAGGUACCACUGUAUAAUAAUAAUAAUAAUAAUAAUAAUAAUAAUAAUAAUGUCAGGGAGACAAGCCUUGAACAAGGCUUACCUGGGACAAGAAGUUCACUUAGUUUUUGCUGGCCAGUAGGAUCCAAUAGCCAAGCUGGGUCAGUAGUGGCAGCCCAGGGUCCUUUGAAUACUAAAUUGUCCAGGCAGAUGCCACAACAAUGCAGUGUCACUCAGGAGGGAAACCUGCACAGCAGAGGGAGGAUUUAAACUAGGAGUUAGGAACCUUUGGACCAUGGGCCAGUUGCCUCCUUAUUCUGUGUAUAGUGUUUGUCACCCCUGCUAAACUUAAGGUUGCAAAGGCCUUCUAUUGUAGCCAAUAGUAAGCUUUUCCCCAAGCUCAAUUGGGUUGGGUUGUUUUUAGGGUGGUGGGUUUGCAGCUGGGUCCAGAAGCGUGAUUAAUCCUUUUCUCUCCCCACUUAUAAACCCUCCACAAUGUCUUUUCAAAGAAGUCUUCUUUUGCCGCAAUGGUUGUAUGAGAAGGAUGAUCUUUGGGAAGAGUGCAGUUGGAGAGGGAAGGGUUAACCCAUCUCUCUUCUCAGCUGAGAUUUCCAGGAAUCUUUCUCUUUCUCUCUCCUGGCAAUUAGGCUUGCUAAAAGUUAGAAGGCUUUUUUCAACCCCCGUUGCUGUGCAUGUUAAUACAUCUCUCUGUCUCUCUCUGUAUAUGCAUGUGCACCUGUGUAUGCUUGUAUUAUUGUGCAUUUGGUGGCUACACACACGACUGGGAAUGUGGCUCUCACAGAGGUGAAGCUAGCUGCUGCGGCACCAGGAGCUGCGCACAUGUUGUGCACCCAGGGGGCAGGGCGAGUGUCCCAGGGGGGCGCCGCCUGCGCCGAGCGUCCCAGGGGGCGAGACACCUAGGGGGGCAAAGCAAGCCACCCAUGGCAGGUUGCUUCCUGGGCAGGGAGGGAGCCACGCCGCUUUGCCAGCAGCCUUCCUCCCUUCCCUCUUCCUUUUGACAGCUCAGGAGAGGCUCCCCCCCAAAGGAAGCGGGGGGGGCAAUGGCGAGCUGCUCAUCCGCAACUCCCAAGCCUCCUUCGAGCUGUCAAAACGAAGGGGGAAGUGGGGGAAGGCUGCUGGCAAGGCGGCGCAGCUCUGCCCCUUCCCCUGAUGGCUUGGGAUAUGCUUGGGAGUCGUGGGUGGGCAGUGUGCCGAACAUCAACCUCCUCAGUGAUGACACCCGGGGUGGACCGCCCCCACCGGCCCCCCUUCCUCCACCCCGGUUACUGUAGCUACACCAUUGCUACAGUUUACUUGGGCAGUGCAAGGGUUGGGCGGGUCGGCAGUGAGGUCAAGGUUUCCCAGGUGCACCACCCCACCCCAUAGCCUGGUCCUGUUUAGACUGAAGUCUCUCUGUUUCUAUUCAUAGACUCUAACUACUGUAACCGUCUGCCUUUCUUUCAGGAAGGGCUUUCGACAAAAAUCACCUCCUGUCCUCAAAUACUUGCAGGGUAUCCUCCGCAAGUACCCAGAUGGGGGUCAGAUCUUAAAAGUAAGUUUUUUAAGCACUGGGCCUGGGCUUUUUGCAUUUGCCGUUUUUGAGAGCAAAGGCAUUCCACAUGGAUUGCAUUUUAAGUAGGGCUUGAACAACUUGCGUGUUCACAGAGAGGAGGCAGCCAAACACCCGGAUUUUUUGGGAAGAGAAGACUGCAAGUUUAGAGCAGGAAGCUGUUCUGAAGCGCAGGCCCAAAGGACGGCUUGUGGGAGUGGUUGGGUGCAGGGGUACCAAAGAAGGAUGCCAAAAACAUCAGAAUGGCCAGUUCUAGUGCAAUAUUAAAGAAGGUGCAGAUUUGCAGCAAAGAAGCCUGCCAGGUCUCCCAGCCUUUACAGAUGCGGGACAGACAUAGCAGCAAGGAGAUGGCUUGUCCUCACUUUUCUAAAUAGGUAAAGUUUGAAAGGGGUGAUAUUGACGACCCCUGUAUAUGUCUAGCAGUUUAUGGAAUGUGGGACUGGUAUCCAUGUAGCAAUUUCCACAGUCUGUUUGUGUUGACCCCUGGCAUUUGUUCCUACUCUCAUUCUCUUCUUCUUCCUGAAGGAGCUGAUCCAAAAUGCAGAUGAUGCAAGGGCUGAAGAGGUGAUCUUGCUCUAUGAUGCACGGAGUUUUGGAACCCAGAGCCUUUUCUCAGAGGGGCUGGCAAGCACCCAAGGUAUGGAUUAGACACCUCCCAAUGGUGGGUGUUCUGGGGGGCCCAGCAGAGAAAUCACAAUGUCUCCUAUAGGGAGGAAGUUGGCUGGAUGAAAUUCAUAAUAAUUUUUCAGGGAUGCUUUCAAGGGUCAAAGGCUUCCUUCUUAGCAGUCAGUAGCCAAGGCUUCUCUAAGUUCUUCUUAUAUUGACCAGAAUGAUUCUUUGUGCCUGGGAAGGCAGCAGUGAACUUCCUCUACUUUGGGGCCGUUUCGUCCCACAAUGCAUCCGAGGAAAGUUGCCAUGAUGUAGUGUCCUUCCAGGUGCCUUGUGGGAGGGAAAUAUGGCUGGCCACUGUACAGUAGUUUCCCACAUUCUCAUUUCUGUGCUACAAUAUCCAUUUUGGGAUAGAUGGAAAACACUGGCCUUAUAUGCUCUCACAAUGACUGUUUUUUUUAAAAAAAUAAUAUUUAUUAAUUUUCAACCAUUUAAACACAGCAAAACAGAAAAACAAAAAAAGAAAAAAAAGAAAAACAUAGAACUAACAAAGCAAGACACAAACCAUUUCAAACACAAAACAAUUUCAAUUUCUUAUUUUUCAUUCCCUUAUUUCCACAACCUCCUCACACCUCCCUUUUUGUUUUCCACUUCUGUUAAUUAUUUCAGCAAUUCCUUUCCAUCUUCCUCUGUUUUCUAUCCUAUAAUUAUCUUAACAUAUUCUAGCCUUAUUUUCCCUUUAAUACACUAUUAAUCUAUUUAUACUUGAUUCUUUAUAACAUUUCUACUAAAGCCAUAUAACUUCAUUCCAACAUUUUUCUAACAUUCAUUAUUUUUACAGUGUUUCUAUAAACAGUCUUAAACUUUUUCCAAUCUUCUUCCACCGACUCUUCUCCCUGGUCUCGGAUUUCUGCCAGUCGUUUCCGCCAAUUCCAUAUAGUCCAUCAACUUCAUCUGCCAUUCUUCCCGAAUGGAUAAAUCUUGUGUCUUCCAGUACUUCACAAUGAGUAUUCUUGCUGCUAUUGGUGCAUACAUGAAAAAAAUCCUAUCCUUCUUUAACACCAAUUGGCCGACCAUGCCCAGGAGAAAGGCCUCUGGUUUCUUCGAAAGGGUAUAUUUAAAUACCUUUUUCAUUUCGUUAUGAAUCAUCUCCCAGAGUGUCUUAAUCCUUGGGCAUGUCCACCAAAGGUGAACUCUAAUCCUCAAAUUCGUCUGUUUUUCUUUAAGUUCAGUCGUAGCAAGCGUCAACUUAUGUUCAUCAAAUUGCCUCUGUAGGGCUGGGGCUCUCUUUCUCUUCAGUUGUGUCACUUUACCUUCAGCAGCAACAGCUUUUUCCCCAAUUUCCUCCACAGUUUGCCAUAUCAAAAUAGGUUCUUGUAUCAAUUUCUGGGUGGUUUCUGUAUUGGUACUAUUUAUACUUUCUGUAUUUAAGUUAGUUUUAGUAAUUGAAACAUCCACUUUCGCAUUUAUCAUGUCCAUUUUCCUGUGAAGCUGAUCCAAGGAGUCAUUUAUCUUGUAUAAUGCAGCCACUAAAGCCUCUUCUGUCGACAUUCCUCUUGGUUUUAAAUAUACUAGUACAAAGACAACAACAAAAAGAGCAGGAGGGCCUAAUGAUAGACCUCUCCUGGAUUGUUACCAAGUCCUCCCAGACCUUAAUGUUUUGUCAACAGUUGACUGGUCUGUUUUUCCUCUUCCAUUUACCAUAACACUUAAAAGAUUCAAGGUCAGUCCCAGAGUCUCACGGUUUUUAACUUGCAGCUGGAAAUUCCCCUAGCCCAGCUCUUGUAAAGCAACCGGUUUCAAAGGCUUCCACUAGGGGGAAACAGUUUCUAUUUGUAAUAGUCAAUAGUAUCCUCUUUUAAACAAUCCAAGAUUAGUUCCAAAUUAGUUACAAUUUUCAGUUACGUUUACUCCUUUUUAAAGCAGCCGGAGACAGUAGAGACAAUGUAUUUCUCUUAUUUAGCUAGCUGUCAAUGAACGUUCUAAACGCUGUCAAUGAACAUUCCAAAAGACGUCAGUCCUACUAGCAGCCCGUUUCCAGGGUCAGAGCGGCAGUGUUUUAAGUCUCUUCGCUCUCUCCCGCAGGCAUAUUCAAUCCGCAACUUCCCCCUCUCUUCUCCUGCCUCCAAGGGGGGGUUUAAUGUUCUUUACCGUUGGAAAUUUAAUCUUUUACAAAAGACCUUCCAGGACUCCAGCUUGCAACUUCAUUGCCUCAGUCUAUUUACAAAAGGGGAAGGCGGACUUCCUGUUCUGAACCUCCCCGUUACGGUGCCAAAUUAGACAUUUAGAAAUUCAAUUCUUCCGUUUCAGCUUUACUCACGGGUAAUUACUUUAAAAUCAAAUUGUCCACAGGAAAAGGUCAGCGCUCUCUGGCAACAGCUAUGCGGCUUCGCUCCGUGGAAGAAGCAGACGAUUCGAUGCACCGCGCCGCUCACCCCACGUCGCUCCGGAGCCCCAAAAACCGGGGUUCCCCGCGAGUGGGGGGGGGGCGCAAAAGGUGCCCACCGAAUCCCACGUUCACAGGCUUCUCCCGCCUGUGAUUUUAACGGGUCUCCACCUUCGCCGUGGCGGCCAGACCCAGAUUCCCACGGAGCGGAUUCCUCCCGUCUCACAAUGACUGUUAAAAUCGUAUAAAUGUGCUUUAAACAAACGAUGUGGGUACCUGAGAGUGCGCCUCCAGUAUGUUCAAUAUAUUGGCUCUAUUCCAGUUAUCACAUCAUGGUUUGCAGAAAUCUUAAUCUAGAAAAGAGAUUGGGGUGGGGGGGCUGUGGCUCUCCAGAUAUAGUUGAACUCCAACUCCCAUCAGUCCCAGUGAUUAUAGCCAAUGGUCAGGGAUGGUGGCAGGGCUCUCCAGCCCUUGUUUAUAGGACCUGGUCUGCUUCUGAUAGCAAUCAGGUUUAUUAGCCUGCUCCCAUCUCUCUGGUGCCACAGCCUCUGGAGGUGGCUGUUACCACGGUUUGCUAAAUUAGACAGGCUCUCGUGCCACAAAAUGUUCAAUCAUGAUUUCUGUUUUGGUUUGCUGGCCAAUCACAAACCCUAGUUUGCAAUUCAGACAUUGUGCCAUGUCAAAUUUGGCUUGGGAGUGACACUGUGAAUCAAACCAUCAUCAAGGCACUUGAGUAAAAAUUGCAUGACCACAUUUCUCUUUUUCAGGCCCUGCGCUUCUUGCCUAUAACAACGGUCUAUUCUCUGAGGCUGACUGGGAAGGGAUCCAGAGUCCAGGCAUCAGUCACAAGGAGGAUGACCCUUCUACAGUUGGACGCUUUGGCUUGGGCUUCAAUUCAGUUUACCAUAUCACAGGUGAGAAGUUCUGCCUGGCUCAAUUUGGGAGAUAGUCAGUCUUCAAAACAAGAUGUCUUUGGGAGGAAGGCAUAAGAAUUAUAGGGAAAAAGGCCUAGAAGACAGCUCAGGACCCCAAGACCUCAGGGACCACCUCUCUCUCCCCACAUCGGCAUACCUGGCCCCUCAAUCAUCCUCAGAGACCUUUGUCUGUGUACUUCUUCUGAGGGGGAGGGAAUGGGAGAAUGGGCUUUCUCAACAGUGGCUCCCCAUUUGUAGAAUGCUCUCCCCAGUGAAAUAUGCCUAAUGCCAUCAUUGAGAUGGGGGAAAUUGAGAGAGAUAAGGAUGAAUUGAAAUAGGAGCAUGAAGGGGGGAAAGGAACCAAGACUGGGGCACCCACAUUUUAAUGGCUGAAUUCCUUCCCUUCACUCUGUUUAGAUUUCCCAUCUAUACUUUCUGAUGAAUGUUUGGGGGUGCUGGACCCACAGCAGAUGGCAUUACAUGACGGGGGUCAGCUCUGGGAGCUGAGUGAAUGGGAAGAGGCAUCCGACCAGUUCCAACCAUUCUGGGCAGCACUGAAGUCUCUGGGCCAGCCUUGCCCAACUGCGGAGUGCCGCUUUCCAGGCACCCUGUUUCGCUUCCCGCUACGACAGAGUCCAUCGAAGAUCUCAGAAAAUCUCUACAGUCCAGAACGGGUGCAGAAACUGCUGCUCUCGUUCGUGAAUGAUGCCCCCAUUAGUUUGCUGUUCCUCAGGAACAUCAAGAAACUGACGUUGGGUCUCAUUGAGUCCGAUGGUGCCAUCCGUGAGCUGCUGAAGGCUGAGGCCACCACUCGCCCAUUUAAUGGGUUGGGCAUGAGCCAAGGUGUGCUGGAAGUUGCAGAAUGCAGUAGUGGAAAGGCAAACCUUGUUGAUGAUGCUAUGGGCACUAAACUGGACAUGGGUGUCCACAUCAAAACACUUGCCCUAUGUGGCACUGGGACUGGACAGGCCAGCAAGUGCAACUGGCUUGUGUUGUCUGCUGAAGCGAAAAAGGAUGCCUUCCCAGAACUGUGGGAUCUCGCAGUGAAGGUCAGCUCUAAGCCUGUGUUGUCCUUGGCUUACUGUUUGCAAGACAAGUGCAUGGGACGCCUCAGCUGCGUCCUGCCGCUCCCGGCCACAGAGGAAAACACCACUGGAUUGCCACUGCACAUCAGUGCCCCUUUCCAGCUGACAGAUGACCGAAGACACGUGCAGUGGUCUGAAGAGGGGUCCCAGGCGAGGGGAGCCGAUGGUCGUUGGAACCACUUGCUUAUGGAGGAGAUGUUGCCUGUUGCUUAUUGCCAAAUGGUACUGCUGGCAUCUACCUGUCCGGACAACCCAUAUGGGGCGUGGCCAGACCCAGACCAAAGCCAACAACUCCGAUACAAGCCUUUAGUGGUUCAGAUAUGCCAGACACUGAUGGACAUGAAACUCUUGGUACGAGUCGGGGAUGGGGAACCUCGUUUGCUCCACCCCUGCAAAGCCGUGAUCUUGCCAGAGGUAGUGAGUGGUAAACCAGUAGAGAAGGCCCUGGAGAAGGCCCUCAUUUUGGCAGGAUCACCGCUUGCAGCUGCUCCUCUCCAUGUGCGCCGAGCUUUGGUGUGGGGUGCCAAAGGCAGGGCAGCGGUGCAAGAGGCCACACCGAAGUUUGUCAGGGAGACCCUGCGACGGACUACCAGUGUGUGGCAUGGGAUAUCCUUGACAGAGAAACAGUUGCUGUUGGAGUACUUGGUUGGAGAUGGGUGUUACCAGGAGCUGAAGAAUCUGCCGCUGCUGCCGACAGCCAAUGGAAACUUUACCUGCUUUGGAGAUUCUGGAGAGAUGGUCUUCCUCGAGAACCACAACUUCCCCAGGUGAGCAGUCUUGCCACAUAUGAUCCCCAGGGUAAACCGGCAUUGUCCUUUUCGCCCUACCACAGUUAAAUGUCCUCUCCCUAUUAGAUGUUCCAAUUAAUGGACUUGCAUAAUGGUUAAUGCACGCAUGUGCACACGCACACAUACACACCUUGCAAGGCAGUUCACAAAUGUCUUCACUAUGGCUCAUUUCAGACAUUGCACCAAACCAAGAGACAGAGGCCUUUAUGCACUUUUUUCAUAUGCAUAGUUCGGCUCAGUGUCUCCCCUAGCGCCAGCCUGCAGUUCUUUGAGACCCAGUUUUCCCUCUGAGAAAUACUGCCCUACAGGAUAAAGAGGCCCAUGCUGCAUUUCUUUGAUUCCCUAAAAUGGUUAGCCCCAUAAAUAAACCAGUGGCAUUAACUGGGUGCUUGUUCCAUAGUACAUCCCUUUUCUUUGUCACCCUGCCUUUGUCCUUCCUAACUGACCUGUGGUUUCUUUCUGCCGAUUUUGCAGGAUCCUGUUGCCUGGCCUGGCUCACCGGUUCUUGCCCAAGGAUCUAAACCCUGAGCUGCUGAAGCAUCUGCAAACAAUUGCAGAAAAGGGUGAGACUUUCAGUUUCCUGGGUGCACCAUGAUCAGCUUCUGGUGUUUUAUGGGUUCCCCACCCUGGUGUCCUUCAGAUGCUGUUAGACUACAACUCCUAUUUUCACUGGCCAUGCUAGACUUCAACUUCCUUCAGCCUCAGCCAGCAUGGCCAAUGGUCAGAGAUUAUGGGGAUGGUAAUCCACAGCAUCCACAGGGCACCAGGCUGGCUGCCACCAGUGUAAAAGUUCUACCAUGUACAAACACAUGCUUUUUAUACACGGGCGCCAUUUUCUCCUCCCAGCAACACUGUAAAAUAGAUUAGGUGGAAAGAUAGUGAGCGUGACACCAAAUAGCAGUAGAGUGGCUGUCUCCAAGUAAACAAAUUAACUUCACAGCUAGUUUGGGCAUUUGAACCCUUAAGCACAGGGUUGGGGAACAUUUCCCCCCAGCCACCAGUAGAGAUGGAUCACUCUUGUCAAAGGUCUGAUCUGAUUGCUUGCAGUGGAUUCCGCCACCCUUCCAUCAUUCUCUGUUGGGUCGUCCUCCACCACCUGCAUGAAAUUAGAGCAAGGGCUGAAGGUUGUCCCCCUUUGCCUUAGUCUUAUUUUCUAAUCCAGGGGCAGGCAACAUUUGGCCCUCUCGAUGUUGACGAACUACAACUUUCACCAGCUCCCUUAAUCAUGGCCAAUGGCCUGGGAUGAUGGGAGUUGUAGUUCAGCAAUAUCUGAUGGGCCACAGUUUGCAUCUGCCUGCUGUAAUCACUACACCACGCUGGUUUUUGGUACGCUGAUCAGUUUCAGGCUCACUUUGCUUCAGCAGUGCUCUAGCAUCAUUGUGAUACCAAAUCAUUCACAGACCUAUACAUAUUGGAGUUCAGUUGCAUCCAAAGUAGUUUUCAGUGCUGGGCAUAGAAGUCGUGUAUACAUAGCCACUUUGCUCCCAACAGGAAAUGCAAGUGCACACAAAUGGUGGUUGCUGAUUUCUUUCUCUCUCUCUCUCUCUCUCUCUCUCUCUCUCUCAUAUUCAGGGUUAUUCAGGAACUUUGUUUCCAUGGAUCAAAAUGUCAUUGAGCAGAACCUUCGUGGAUCUCUCCCUAAGGACUGGGUCAGCAGCAACCCUGCUCCUGUAUCUUGGUGCCCAAAGGAGUACCCAAAACAGCCCCCGCUUGAGUGGCUUUCUGCUUUCUGGAGUUUCCUGAGUCGCCAUGCUCCCUCCCUGGCACCCUUCAAGGGAUGCCCCCUGAUACCACUGACUCCUCUACAGAACUCCCACAGUGGAAUCCAAUUGGCACGGCUGCUGCCUCAGCCUACUCUGCUGUUCCAGAGCCACGAGGGGCGUUGUCUGCCGGACGAAGUGGCUGGCAUUCUGGAGAGACUGGGAUGCACUGUGGUCCGGAGCUGGCAGCCAGAAUGGUGCCACCGCCAGCUGAGAGAGUACGUCCUAGAACCCACGCCUGGGAGUGUCUUGCAGGUCUUUGCCCAUUUAGGGGUGGCAUCUGUGGCUGGUCGCGUUGCAUCUCUGCCCACCUGCCAAAUCAAGAGCCUGAGUGCUUUUUUCUCCACGGCUGCAUCGCUUUCCCCCAAAGAAGCCGAAGUCCUAACUGAGUUGCCGCUCUUCUUCAAGAUGCCCUCCCUCCUUCCACCCACCAGGUCUGGCUUGGUGCCAGCCCAGCACCACCUGGCUUUAGAGAAGAACCUGGUUCCACCAGUGCCCUCGGAUCUGCUAACUCCAGAGCCUGUGCUGUUGUGUCAUAAUGAAGCUGAACGCCACCUGCUCUUGCUAAUCGGGCAGAAGCUCCUGGGGACACCGGAUCUGUGCCUGCUGUGCAUCAAGGCGAUGACGAAGGGGGCAUAUGCCAGCUGGGCACAGGAAGCCAAGCGGCUCAUGCUGUGGGUGCUGCACAAUGGGGACUCCCUCUUCAGCCAGAGCCGAGAGCUGCAAACUUUGUGUCGUGAGCUGCCAUUCCUGGAUUGCGGAUCAGGAAGGUUGGGCAGGCCCAGUGACCUCUAUGAUCCAGAGAAUCGCACUUUGCAGGAUUUAUUGAGACCUUGCCGCUUCCCCACAGGGCCCUUCCGGGAGCCAGCAGCACUGCAAACCCUUCGUGUUCUGGGCCUGAAAUCUGAUCUCAGUGCUGUCUGUCCAGCAGAUGCAUUGAUGGCUGCGGAGGAAGUUGGUCAACUGCAAGAGGCUGCAGAUGCCAGUGCCAAAUCACAGGCACUCAUCCGGGUCUGCAAUGAGACUCCUCUACUCUCACGCUUCUCCUUAAAGGAGCUGAAGCGGCUGCGGUCUCUGCCUUGGGUGCCCGCCACCAACACUUCCACAUUGGCGGCAGCUGGAGAUUUCUUGGCACCUGAAUUGCUUCGCUCGGAGAGGUACGCUGCUCUUGUCGGGCUGGUCAUGGGACUGACUAAUGCUUUUCGGCCAGAAGCUGCAAAAGAACUGGGUCUGGAGAACUCACCUCCACCAGAGAAAGUGAUGGAGAAUCUAGCUGCCUUGGCACAGGGAUGUCACCCUGAGGAGGCCUUUGUGUUAACUACAAAGCUGCACAGCAUCUAUCGGCACAUGCAACGGCACCUGAGGGACUUCCAGAAGCCACCUGUGGGACCUGUGGUGUGGAAUGGGACUGGCUUCUCAUUGGCUGCAGAUGUGGUGCUGGCCUACCCUGAUGGCUUAGACCUUACAGCCCUGAUGUCACGAGUGCCUCUGGACUUCCAAGGUUACAGCCAGCUGUUUGCAGCAUGGGGGGUCCAUAAGUUACCAAAAGAGGAGGAAGUGUGCCAAGCAAUGCAGAAGUUGGCAGAUCAAAUCAAUGCCCGACCACAAGGCGGCAUGCAUGCUGAACUGCUCCUCGUGAUAGCUGUCCUGGACUGGCUGUGCGCUCAUGGCUACCAUGGAGAAAGGGAAAUGCCAGUGCCUGUGCGGAUUCAAGGACUGUCCGGUUUUGUUCUACGCCCGGCCAGUUCUGUGCUGUACUGUGACAUGGAUCGGGCACACCUUGCUGAGCUGGAUGGCGACCCACCGACUUUGGUGCACGAAUCUGUUUCCUCUGCCACUGCUAACUUCCAUGGUGUGGAAAUGCUAAGCACACGGUUUUCAGGCUUGGAAGUGUUGGAGGCUCAGGCGUGGGGUCCUUCGGAGCCAAUCACCCUCCGGAUCCGUAACAUCCUUCGUGAAUACAGCCAGGAUGCAGAUGUGUUCCUGGAACUGCUGCAAAAUGCUGAGGAUGCUGGCGCCCAAACUUGCCGCUUCCUAGUCGAUCUCCGUGAGCAUAACGGUACCACUGAAGGACUCCUGGACCCGGGCAUGGCUGCCUGCCAGGGCCCCGCACUUUGGGCCCAGAAUGAUGCGUUCUUCACCGAGACAGAUUUCUCUAACAUCAUCCGUCUAGGUGCAGCUACCAAGGAACGGCAGGAUGACAAGAUUGGUCGCUUUGGGCUGGGCUUCUGCACUGUCUACCACAUCACUGAUGUGCCCUCUCUUCUCAGUGGCCACACCAUGCUCAUCUUUGACCCAAACAUCACCCACCUUCGGAAGCAUAUCCGUAAUUCAGGCCAACCAGGCAUGCGUCUCACAUUGAACCGAAAAGUCGCCGCUGGAUUUCCUGAACAAUUUCGACCAUUCAAAGGAAUCUUUGGCUGUCAACCUGGAGAUGAUUACCAAGGCACGCUCCUCCGCCUGCCCUUCCGCACUGAGGAGGAGGCAGAGGACUCUCAGAUCUGCUGUGAUCCGUUUGGACCCAGUCGAAUCAAAUCCUUGCAAAUUGGAUUCCGGGAGAUGUACAAGUACCUGCUGAUCUUCCUGAGAAAAGUGCAGGAGGUGUCACUGACCCACCUUCCUCAUGGUUCCAGUUCCCCAGAAACCACCCAGCCAUUAGCCACAGUGAGCAGGAAAGCACUUGUCAGGAUGGGUACGUCCACUAUUGUGCAGUUGACAGCAACAUGGAAGUCGAGUGUGGUCACCAGCCAUUACCUGCUGCACUCCUGCUCUGCUCAAGGAGAAGCCCUUCAGGUCUUCAAACAGGGAAAAGAAAAGGAUGUCCAUUUCUCGCCUCCUGUUGCUAGCGUUGCUUUGCCCCUCCGCCCCGCCACUGCUGCUGGAAAAUGGGUUCCAGAUGUAGAUGGUUUUAAGGGCCGUGCCUUCUGCUUUCUACCUCUUCCUAUUGACACUGGACUCCCAUUGCAUCUCACGGCAGUCUUUGCUGUGCAGAGUAAUCGCAAAGGACUCUGGGAAGCUACUGAGAAGGGGAAAUGGAACAAGGCGCUCUUACGGGAUUCCGUGCUGGGUGCCUGGCUUGGAGCACUGUCCCUGCUCCGGGACAUGUACGAGGAAGGAUUGCUGGAGGACUAUGAGUACCAUGCUUUCUGGCCUGACGUGUGCAGUGCCAAGCACCCAUUCAGUGAAACAGUCAAGGCCUUCUACCAAGCUUUAGUCAAUGGUGUUGAUGGGGAACAGCCAGUUCUCUUUUCUGAUGGACAGCGAUGGUGCCCAGCCCAGGAUGCCUGUAUCCUCAAUUCUGACAUUACCUGUCAGGAGCAUCUGGAACCUAUAGCUUUCAGGGUCUUCUCUUUACUUUUGCCAGAGCCAAAGAUGGCAGUGUCAGUUCCAGAUUGGGUGAAGAUGAACUUCAGAGAUUGCAUCCAGGGGGACGUCCUGUUGCCAAACACCUACAAUUGGGCACGAUUCCUCUGUGAGCUUGUUUUGCCCAAUCUUGCUCAGCUGGCAGUGCCUGAUCGCGAUGUCCUCAUUCUUCGUGCUCUGGAUAUGAAUGAUGCUGGCGUGAAUAAGAUCCUGACAUCCUGGCCUUGCAUUCCAACUGUCCCCAAUAGUUUGCUGAGAAACAUUAAAGAACUUGUACACCCAAGGGGCUGCGCUGCACCUCUCUACGCUCCUGAAGAUGGCCGUUUCCCCACAGGCACAGGGUUUCUGGAACCAGAGAGGCUGUUGCGCUUGGAGCAUCUUGGCAUGGCCAAAGAUUGUGUAGAAAUGGAGGAACUGAUAGCCCGAGCCAGAACUGUGGCAGCCUUGUGGAGUCAUGACCCAGUCAAGGCCUGCCAGCGUGCCCGCUGCAUCCUAGAGCUCCUUGAGGACCACCUGCAAGAAAGCUACAGCAACACUACCCAGGUUACUUUCAGAGACAUUCCCUUCUUGCCAGCAGUACUACCUGCUAACCAACGCAAACUCUGCUGCCCCAAAGAGGUUUACUACCAUAAGCUGCACCCCCUGGUAGGCUUGACUGAGCCUGUCCUGGACAAGACAGCCCUUGGUAAAGGCUUGAAGCUCUCCACGGAGCUAAAGGAAUUCCUAGGACUGAAUCGUCAGCCACCAAUAUCUACAGUGCUGACGCAACUGGAGGAAGCAUCACGUAGUUCCAAUGCCCUGUCCAGAAUGGAGCUGGGAAACAUAGCACAAAUCUGCUAUGCGUUCCUGAAUGAAAUAGUGCAGAUGAACCCUCUGUCCAAGGUGGAGGUGUCCCAAAGGGCAAGGACAUUCCCCUUUGUUUUCAUGGACACUGGCUUUGUGUCAGUGUGCAGUGUGGCCCAUUGCCUGUUCUUUGAUGCUGCUCCAUACCUCUUCCAGCUGCCUCAGGAGUACCAGAAGCAAAAGAUGCUGUGGGAGUGUGUUGGGUUGCCUGCGACUUUCAAAGUGAAGGACUAUGCCACUGUGUUGCAGACUUUGGCCAAGGAGGGAGCUGGACAGUCUCUUUCCAAAGGGCAUCUGGACCUAGUUGUCAGGUUGAUCACUGUAGGGCUGGCCGAGGCCCUGCCAGAGGGUCAACAGUUGAGUCCUUAUGAAGCCCAGAGUGUCUUUUUCCCAGACAAACACAAAGUCCUUCGUCCAUUGCCCAAACUCCUCUUUGAUGACACACCAUGGCUUCCACAUGAGAAAGGGACCCUGCUCUGUCAUGCCAUGAUCCCGCGGGAAAUUGCUAUGCGCUGUGGCAUUCAGACCACAAAAGGUCGUGUCUUGUCACGCCAGCGGAUUCAGGGUCUCUCUUCCUGGGCCACAGAUUUUGGAGCCAAGGAAGAAAUCUGUACCCGGCUGGUCAACAUCCUCCGUGAGUACUCUUCUUCACAGGAUGUGCUAAAGGAGCUGCUGCAGAAUGCAGACGAUGCUGGUGCAAAUCUUGUCCACUUUGUCUGGGAUCAGCGACAGCACCCGACUGAUCGCGUCUUCAGCAAGGAGUGGAAUGAACUUCAAGGCCCGGCACUUUGCAUCUACAAUGACCGCACCUUCCAGAGGUGUGACAUAGAAGGGAUCCAGCGCUUGGGCUCUGGUGGCAAAGGUGGGAGGAGAGAUGCUACCGGCAAAUAUGGACUAGGUUUCAAUACAGUUUAUCACUUGACUGACUGCCCUGCCUUUGUGACGGGGGACAGUGCUCUGUGCGUCUUUGACCCCAUGUUGCACUACCUCCCUGAUUCUGAUGAGAUCUCACCUGGUGGAAUGUACAACCUUGCUAAAGAAGUCAAAGACACCAUCCGUGAUGUUUAUAAUACCUUUUUACCUGAUGUGUUUAACUUGGAACAAGGCACAGUUUUCCGGUUACCCUUACGUACUCCUGAUGGUGCAGCCUCAUCCCGUAUCUGCCAGAGCUCUGUGUCCGAGCAAGACAUGAAGAAAAUUGUGGUGGCUCUCAUUGAAGAAGCCGACAGCCUUGUGAUGUUCCUCAACCACGUUCGCUGUGUGGUCUUCUCUAUAAUAAGUGAGAGGGGAGGGACACCGAAGGAGGUGCUGCGGGUAGAGGCUGAAGGUGGUGAGCCUGAAAGACUGGAAUACCAGAAACGUCUCCAACAGGCUGCUGCAGCAGGUGGAAUGGAUGAUGGCGAGCCAAUGAGAGUCUUCUACAGAAUGAAGGUGAAGAGUAGUAUCUCCGAAGUUUCCAGCAACUGGCUGGUAGGUAGGCAGAUUGGGCUUGAGAGUGACAAUACCGUGCAAAACAUGGACUUGGCGUGUGGGGGUGUGGCAGCUUGUUUUGACGGACGGCCACCUGGUAGGGCCUUCUGCACACUGCCGCUUCUGGAAGAAACAGGCCUUCCCAUCCACAUCAAUGGGAACUUUGCUGUGGACUCUGCUCGCCGUGGCUUGCGGAAGGAUGAUGGUGAAGGUGGUGCCAAUAUGUCCUGGAAUAACUUGCUGCUGCAGUGUCUCAUUGCCCCAUUGUACUGCCACUUGCUUUAUGAGCUGCGCCGGGCACUGAAUGAUACACCACUGCAGUUCCACUCCCUGACUGCAUGUGAGAAGUGGUUGGAAUCAAACUAUUUGCAGUAUUUCCCAUUUGUGACAAGGGAUGUCCCCCCAGCAUGGCAACAGCUGGUGACCCGUGUGUAUGAACUGGCAUACAUGGAGCAGCUUCCCUUGGUCCCUGUGUACCAGAAGGAGAUUAAUUUCAAGUAUAGAUUUAAGGUGGGAGAAGUGAGUGUGCACUGGAGUGCACCCAGACUGGGCCACCCAACCAAUGAUCCCUAUUUCCUGCAGUCUGAGAUAAGUGAGGUUCUUGAGCUUACUCUUCAGAGUCUGGGCAUGAAUUUUGUCCCUGCCUUCCAACAUUUGCAAUUGGUACGCGACCAUUUUGUCAAGGCAGGAGUUGAUAUCCUAACCCUCGAUUCUCCUUCCCUCUGCUGCUUCCUCAAGAACCUGCCCAACUUUCUCCUGCCCUGCCCACUUCAUCUGACACCUGUGAAGAAUAGCUGCUACUGUUCUGCUCUCCUCGAGUUCUGCCUCAGUAAGCUUCUUCCUGAUGACAAAAGCUGCCUGGAAGGUCUCCCUUUGCUGGUGACCCAAGAUAACAUGCUGAGGUGCUUCACUCAGCAGUGUCCUCCAUACCAUAGCAGUGUGCACAAUCUUUUCCCACACCGUCAGGACUGUUUCUUUGGCUGCCGAAUUGAUGGAAAGGCCAGGCAGCUAUUAGUAAAUAUGGGGUUCUUAAAGGAUUUUACACUCUCUAAUUCUGUGGCCUUCAUCAAGGAGAUGCUGUCUUUGGACAACAGGGUCAGUACUGAUAAAGGCCAGGAAUGGCUCAGUGAAUUGUGGGCUUUCUUUGAGAACCAGAUUUGCAUGACUGCGAAUUCAGACACAAUGAAAAAUAUGUUUGCAGAGCUAGUUUCCCUCUUCAAAGGUUGUGCCAUGCUCCCUGUGUGUUGUGGCUGCACUAAGUUCUUGGUUCCCCUUGAGUCCCUCAACACGAUAAUGCCUGGGCAAGCAGGCACUGUUACUGAAAUUCUCCACAAACUGGGCUUUUCCAAGUUGGACUCCUCUCUUUUGCCUCCAAAGCUCGCUGCACGUUGCAUUCUGCCAUGUGUGUUGCAGAUCGAGAAUCCUACAGUAGUGCUGGAACAACUGGCAGCUCAUCAUGACCUGUGUUGGGAUGCGCUCCAAGGGUGGGAGUUUGAAGCGCUGUUGCGGUUCCUAAGCAGCCAACUGGAGACGCUGAAGAAUGACCAUGGAUCGCUAAGCAAGUUGAAAUCCUUGCCUGUGUUUAAAACACACCAAGGGAAGCACGUUUCGUUGGCUUCGUACGGGAAUAUCUACAUCUUGGAAUCAAAGAUUCCAAAGGAAACCAAGAAAUUCCAGGAGCUUUAUGAGGUAGAUGAGAAGACUGUCCUGCUGAGUGAUAGCUCGCUGAACCGACAUCUCAGUAAGAGCUUGAAUAUUGGUGUAAUGAACGAUUUGCAGCAGUUUGUACAGCAGCUUUUGCCUCGGCUGCCCCAUCUCCCCGAAGCUCGUGUACUGGAGGCUGUGAGAUUACUCCUCCUUAUCAAGAGGCAUUAUCCUGAGGAAUAUCAGGCCGAGAAAAAGACAGUGGUGACAACAUUCCAGUCUUUUGCCUUCAUCCGGGACAAGCAAGGUGUGAUGCGUCCUGUGUCCUACUUUUAUGAGGAGAAAAUGUGUUUCAAGGAGUUGAGAAUGGAUUCUCUGUUCGUGCCACGCAAAUUCUAUGACUCAGUGUGGCCAGAGAAUAUAAGGGAGUUGAAAGAGUUCUUACUUGAUGUGGGCUUGCAGCAAGAGAUCUCUGAGGAAUACUUUCGAGUGUUGGCUACCCAAAUUGCAAAAGAAGCAUUGAGGGCUGGAAAACUGAAGGAUGGUGCCCAUGAUCUUGAUAAAAGGAGGAGAGCACUCUGGAGCUACUUGCUUUCCAGUGAAACCUUCUCAGAGGCCUUCCUGAAAACAGUGUCCAAGAUCCGUUUCCUAUUGCCAAAGAAGAUCUCUGAAGAUCUGUGUUGCCUUCACUCGCCAUACGUGCAGUGUAAUACUCCUGUGGCACCCCAAGGUUCCUUGUUAACUGUGAAAGCAGACCUGGUGUGGACUUCAGCGGUCAUUCUGCCUUCUGUUGAAUAUGCUGGGGAAAAUAAAGAAACCAUCCUAAAACAACUGGGAGUGCUGCGCACCUUGCCAGCCCAUUUAGUCUUGGAGAAUCUAAGAAACGUAUGCCAGGCACCAUGUGACACUCUGAAAGCUAGGAAAACUCGAGAGGAUGUCCUAAAUUCAGCUUAUAGAUAUUUGUCGGAACAGCAAACGUUAGAGACUGGCUGCUUAAAGGGAUUCCCUGUGGUACUAGUGGAUGGCGGUGAGGUAGCAGAGGCCCAGAAUGUGGUGGUCUCAUUAAAAUACCCAAAGGACUUCCGGCCGUAUCUUUACAAGCUACCACCAAAGCUAGCUGCCUAUAUGGAUGUCCUGGAGAAAUUGGGAGUGGAAGAUGAGGCAAGCAUCCAUCACUAUGCCAGUGUUCUGGCCAGAAUUCAUGCAGACACUGUAAGGCAGGCUAAACUGCAUGCCAACCUCACCAAAACAGUGCUCAGGGCCACUCAGUUCCUCUUCCAGCUCUUAGAUGAAGCAAAGGAUCAAAUGGAUUUCUCAGAGCUGAAAGAACUGCAUCUGCCUUGUGCUGAUGGGAAGCUAUAUCCAUCAAACAGCCUAAUAUUUAGUUUUUACAAGUCUGGCCAGGAACCCCAGGGCUUGCAGUGCAAAUUUCGCUUUCUGAUAGAUCUCUCAAUAUGUCAGCUACCUCAUGACAAGUAUGAGCAGCAGAGGCUUCUGCAUUGGCUGCCUGAAGCCUUGCGCCCCAAGAACUUGUUAGAUAUCACUGAAGAGCAGCUGGAAGAGUCCUCUCUGAAACUCUGUACCUAUGGGGAACACUGUGAGUUCCAAAACUGGCUACAAGAACUACUCAUGUCUUGCGAGUUCCAGCAUGCUCUGGUUGCACUGCUUAAAUGGCAGGGUGGGACAAAAGUAGAGGAAGUGGAAUGCAUGUUUGAAGGACGCUUCUCACCAGAGCGGCUAGAAGUGGUUUGUUGUGAAAAAGUGUGCACAACCAUGGUGCACAAUUCGCAGAGUGUGGAAGGAACCCAGUGUGCCAAGACAGUGUAUGCUGCAACAAUGCCAGAUGGCAAACUGCAGCUUUACCUUGCACACCAGGAGAGCAGAGAUGCACGGUGGGCUGUGGAGUUCUCUGGCAAUUUAGCCACAGAACUGAAUAGGCUUUUAGGACAAAGAUUUAGCCCGUGGACCCUGAUGGUCCUUGAGCAGAUUUUGGUUUGCCAAAGGCCUAAGGAAAUUGCUGAGGUGCUAGAGAAAAGCAGAGUGCCCUUGCAGCUGCCAGCAAACCUAAAUGCCUAUAUCCUGCCUCCUCCCGGAGAGGACAUCCCUGAGGAAUGGUAUGACAGCCUGGACAUGAGCAUCCUCCACACCUUUCUGCCAGAAGAUUACGUGGGUUACCUGGAUUCUUCCAAGCCCAGAGAGCAUUACCUCUACGCUGUGGUCCUUGAAGCCCUUGGGCCACGGCAGAGCGGUACUGGCCAAGUACACACAUACCUUGUUGACUUGGGAGGAGGGCAGCAUGCAGAAGUCAGUGCCUAUGACCUUUACCAUUUCCGGAGGAAUAACUCUGCAUCUGAUCUGAGUAAAGCUGUGGUCUUGGCAGAAGGCUCCCCUGGUGCUAGCAGUACUGCAAGACCACUUACAAGCGGCAACUGGUACGAGAGGCCACUGAGUGAGAUAAAGAAAGAAGUGGAUGCCUGCUUGGCUGAAAUUUGGAGCUUGUCAGAGGAUGAGAGGAGGAAGGCUUUAAGAAGACUCUAUCUGUGCUACCACCCAGAUAAAAACAUAGGUCAAGAGGAUUCUGCCAAUGAAAUUUUCAAAUACCUUAAAGACAAGAUCAAGGAGGUGGAGAACAAUAGAACGCCCAGUGGCUCCAGAGGGGGACCCAAAAGUAGAGGUUCCUACAAGAGGAGCUCAGAAUUUUGGGGUGAAUGGGACCAGCAAGCUCAUCAGCAUCAAGAGAGGCGUACAGAAUUCACCAGGCAAAGAUGGGGUGGGGGUGGAGGAGGAUGGGGUGGGGGUGGAGGAGGAGGAGGAGGCCACUGCAACUACAACUUCUGGUCCUUCCAUCAGAGAGGGCCAAAGUAUUCAAAGGAUCAAUCAAAACUUCACUGCUUGGAGGAGGCCAGGCGCUGGCUAAGGCAAGCCAAGUGUGAUCUGAAGGCGGCAGCCAGUAAUGCUGGUCAGGGUAGCACUGAAUGGCUGCUUUACAAGACUUACCGGGCAGUGGAGAAAGCCCUGACAGCAGUUGAAUACUACCAGGGAGGUCGCUUUGACAGGAAUCUGACUCUUCCAAUGCUGGCUAGUAAGGUAGCUUCUUAUGGACAGGAGUUGGAAAAGCUGCCUGAUCAGAUUGAGGAACUCCGGCACCAUGGCGUGGAUGACAAGAGAACGCAGUAUCCCAGCUACCACAAUUCACCCACCAUUCCCAAUGAAGCUUUCCUUAAAUGCAAGGAGAAGGAGGUGCUGCUUUUAGCUGGAGAUAUCCUAAGCGUGGUGAAGAAGUGGAUUGGCCUAGAAUGA